GAGCUGUAACAGGAUACCCGGAAGUGAUGUUUGCGGGAUUAAAAUGCGCAGGAAUGGGCCGAUUGCUCUUUUUUACGUAUGCACUGGCAGUUCUACUCGUCGGACUUUUAGAUUCAACUAGGCAUACGUCGUUAACUCACUGGCUGUAAUUGGAAGCAGUUUCGAUAGGAUUUUGUUCACUGCGGUGUUUUAUUGGUGACGCAAAAAAUUAUAGCUGCGGAAUAAUGAGGAUGAACGUUACAAGUGUAUAGCAGCCCAUCACUAUGGAUCAUAGACGGAAAAGGAAACUCACAUUUUUCACCAUUGGACUCAUCUUUUUGCUGAGCGGCAUUGAAUAUGCUGUGAUACUGCCCACAAUAUGGAGGUAUUUGCAAACAUUAGAGGCACCAUCAUACUUCCUGGGUUUGACCCUAUCAGCGUUCAGCCUGACCGGCCUGCUGUCGGGGCCACUGUUUGGCCACUGGUCUGAUAGAACGCGAACCACCAAGAAGAUAAUCUUAUUUGCCAACCUUUUUGAGAUUGUGGGUAACUUCAUGUACUUUAUGGGCUUUUCCAAGUGGCUCCUACUGUCAAGCAGACUCGUGGCAGGCAUUGGCACAGGCGCUGGCUCGUCCAUCUUCGGUUUCCUCACCAGAAGCACAGCUUCAGAAGAUCGCUCCACUGUGUUUGCUGCUGUCAUGAUCUGUCGACAAGUGGGCCUUCUGAUUGGUCCAGCAUUUAACAUCUUCCUGAGACUCUGUGAUUUCCGUUUGGGUCCUUUCGUGGUCAAUACAUUUACUGCACCGGGGUUAUUCAUGUGUUUCUUGUGGAUUCUUCUUCAAUUGGCGGUGAUCUUCAUGUACUGGGAUGUCCCACCUCUGCAGAGUGGGAAAGAGACUAUUAAAAGCAAGUGUAGUGACACAGUAAAUAAACAAAGGACUGAGGAAGAGAGAGAGGAAGCUGAGGGUGAGGAGGAGAAGGAUGAGGAGGUCCAGCCACUAAUGCAAUCGCAGGAGCUGGGGGGCUCUUACGGCUCUGUGCCCGCCACCGACGUGCACAGGAAUCACACUACUGAAACCUCUGAUGUAACCUUCAAUCAAAUCUCAUCAUCUCCUGAGCCGUCAGUGUCCCAUGAGUCCUCCAGUCCUUUUAAGAAUUUCAGUCUCUCACGAGAGUUCCUAAGAGAAGAGGUGGUCGUGCUGCUAGCUGCUCAAUUCAUCACACUCUUUAAUCAAACAGCAUUGGAGACCAUGGUGACACCACUGACCCAAAAGUACUUCAACUAUGGGGAGUUGGAGAACAGCAUUAUGUACUGUCUCUGCGGCGUUGAAGUGAUUGCUGGCUUCCUGUUUGUGCGCUGGCUGAGUCGGCGUGUCGCUGAGCGAGUGAUUCUGGCUGUUGGACUCAGCAUUUGCAACAUUUCCUGCGUCUGGUGCCUCAUCUUCUUGGCUAACCCAAUAGGUGGUUUCCCAUGGCAGUUGGCAGAGUUUGUCAUAGGCGUGUUUCUGCAAGUUCUGGGUUUGCCAUUUGUAGCUGUUGCCCAGGUUUCCCUCUUCUCCAAAGUUACAUCAGAAAAAACGCAAGGUUUCAGUCAGGGUGUUCGUCGCUCAGUCGGAGGUCUGGCAACCAUUUUGGGCCCGCUGUGGGCCGGUGGCCUCACUGACAACAUGUAUAUCAUGAUGGGUGUGAUGAUGGUGCUGCUGUCACUCCUAACGAUGAUGCUGGCCUUCUCUUACAAGCGGCUCGUUGAACCUUCUCGAGAGGAAGAAGCGGAGAGCAGAGAUGUCUGAUAAUUUAUUUGGUGAGCUUGAUAGAAAUCUAUUGCGAGUUCAUAUCCUAUAUUUUUGUUUUACUCUUGUUUGGGUGAAUUUAAAAUUUGAUAUCUUAACAUUUAAAUGAGACAACUAUUGAAUUUAUUGCGAUCAAAAUGGGACAGCAUUUAAAAGACUUUGAAAAGAAAAUCCCCAAAUGGUCACUGAAUCAUCAGGAGUUUAUUGCAGGAUGUUUGCAUCUUAACUACCUCACAUUCUUUUGCUUGAAGAUUCUUCAAACGCUCUCUACAGGUUGAGGUCAGGGGAGGAUGGGCUCGCAUGGCUUUCUCCCUUUUUAUGUCCAUAGCAGUCAAUUUAUUUAUUCAGUGCAAUAACUCUUUCGGAAAAUAAGAAAAAAAAUAACAUUUGUGUAAUAUGAAACCGAGACAGCUGGAACGGUGCCAGUUUCAUCAGCUUGUUUUUGAAAUAUUGUUGAAGCAUUUAGUAAUUCAGAUUUGUAUUUUUAAAAUGUAUUAUUACUCUGCCUUUUCAAUUCCAAAGUAACUGCAGUGACCAUUGUAGGUUUUUCUUUUUUUAAACAAAAGGUUGCCCCAAAUGUUAUUUAUAUACUAGUUUGAGUGUGGAGAUGGCUUGGAUUUCUUGAAUCAAUUUGCUCUAACAACCCUACCCCCCUUUGCCAGAGAAGAGUGGGAUGUUGAACUAAGUUUGGCAGUUCCACUUUUUCGUGGCUCCCACCAUAGGGCAUGUUUGCACACACAUUCAAGAAGCACUUUGUUGAAUAUGUACAUUUCCCAUGGAAAUAUGGAAUCCAAGUGACAUAUGUGUCUAAUUGUCAUCUUAUAUGUGCUCCAGCACUGCAAUAUUUCCUGAUUUAAGUUAUUGGUUUAGAAAAUGCCAUGUUGUUGAAUUGUUCUGUAUUUAUUAACAAGUGUGAGUUAUAUAUGCCUGCCAUAUAAACUGUUAUUGCAAUUAAUGCCCAUUCUAUGCAGUAGCUACUUUCAAGGCAUCCUAACAAAAAAAAAAAGAUUUCUGGUGGUGGUGUAGAACCUCUACUUAACACUAGAGGGCGCACUUGGACUUCUAAAGUGGAUGACAAGUCUGUCAUGAAAUGUUGUCAAACGCUCCAGCGAUAGUAAUUUUUGAGGCAAAUACUUGUACAUUCAGUUAAAAGCCAAAGCAAGCAUUUUAAUAUUGAAUAAUUUAAGUAAGCUCAACCAAACUAAAAAUCUCAAAUGCAAUUGUUUUUAGGCCAAAUGUAUUUUUCUGAAUAAUAGUAAUUAUGAAUAUCGGUCAAACUAUUCAUUGCUUUUGCUUUGUGCGUCUCUGAAUUAAUUGUUGCUAUGAUUUUUUUUUUUUUUAUCUAAAGUUAUAAAUGAUUUAACUGCACAUUGUGUCCUUAUUUUGAUAUUGUGUUUAUUAUUUCAAUUGAAUAAUUUGAUUAUUCAUACGUAACGGGGAAAUUGCUAUUGCUAUAACCACAGGCAAAUAACUGAAACUAAUUGUGUAGUCAGAAGUGAAUUAAUUGCCACAAAUUUUAGUGCAUACUUUUUUUAUAUUCAUUUUAUAUUUACUUUCAUUUAUUAUUCAUGAGGAAAAAGAUUGUGGCAUCUAUAUUACUGAAAAAAUCUCAUGGGGAAACUCUCCCAAUUAGCAUUCAUAUACAUACAUUAUUUUAAAAUGCUAUUUACACUUCUAUCAUUUAUACUGUAUGAAAUGAAUACAUUUCCUGAUUACACACACACACGCACGCACACACACACACACGCGCACACACACACACACACACACACACACACACACACACACACACACACACACACACACACACACACACACACACACACACACACACACACACACACACACACACACACACACACACACACACACACACACACACACACUAAA